AUGAUGGAACACGCUGGACUGGGAAAGAGCUACUGGGGUGAAGCAGUGAUGACGGCGAUGUUUCUUCGAAACCGCUGUCCAACACGUGCCAUUCACCAAGACAAGUCUCCAUAUCAAGUGUGGACGAUGAAGAAACCGAUUCUGGCCAACCUUAAAGUGUUUGGAUGCCACGCGUAUGUUCAAGUGCCUCAAGACAAACGCGCGAAGUUCGACUCCAAGUCAUCACUCUGUCGUUUCCUGGGAUACGCCGAACACCAGAAGUCAUAUCGAUUUGAGGAAGUGUCAACAGGAGCGAUCAAGAUCAGUCGCGAUGCCACAUUCAUGGAAGACAAGUUUGAUGAAGGUCCGCGCAACUACAACGAUGAGUCAAGUGUCGUUGAGUUUGAUGAUCAUGAUGAGGACGAAGAAAAAGAAGAAGGUAAAACUGACGACGACAUGGACUCGAGCGACGAUGACAACGAAGACACCAGGUCUUCGAAGAGCAACAUCAACAGACACACGCGCACUCAAUCACUUGAGAAAGCUACCGUCAUUCCAAGUCCCAAGCGAAGAACAUACAGAGGUCCGUCGCUUGAGCAUGUUGGGGAAACGCCGACUACAUUCAAGUCGGCGAUGGAAUCAAGCGACUCCGGCAAGUGGAAAGAAGCGUGUGACUCGGAGUUCGAUUCGCUUCAGAGAAACGACACGUGGGAAAUCGUGCCUCUUCCGAAAGGUCGCAAGGCCAUCGGGUGCCGAUGGGUUUUUCGUGUAAAGGAGAAUCAAGAUGGCGAAGUUGAACGUUUCAAGGCAAGACUUGUGGCCAAAGGAUUCUCACAGAAAUUCGGAGUUGACUAUGAAGAAACUUUCGCACCGGUGGCCAAGUUCACAUCGAUUCGUGUGGUGCUCAGUAUGGCGGCUAAGUACGGCCUAAUGCUACAUCAGAUGGACGUCAAGACAGCGUUUCUUAACGGCUCCCUCAACGAAGACAUCUACAUGGACCAGCCGGACGGAUACCUGGAUGCAACACAGCCGGACUAUGUGUGCAAGCUAAAGAGAUCACUCUACGGCUUGAAGCAAUCGCCUCGCAUGUGGAACCAAACAAUCGAUGGGUUCAUGAUCAAGAUGGGAUUCAAGAAGUGCGAAUCGGACCACUGCAUCUACAUCAAGCGAGACGACCAAGACAUGAUUCUCGUGGUGCUCUACGUCGAUGAUCUCAUCCUGGCCAGCAGCAACAACGAACUCCUCAAGUCGACCAAGAUGGCGCUGAGCAAACGCUUCGAAAUGACGGAUCUCGGUGAGCUCGAUUACUUUCUCGGCAUGGAGAUCAAGAACGACCGUAAGACGGGAAUGGUGACUGUGCAACAAACCAAGUUUCUCAAGUCCGUGUUAACCAAGUUCGGAAUGGAUAACAGCAAGCCAGUGAAGACGCCUCAAGAUCCCGGCCUGAAGCUAACCAAGAACAUGUGUGAACAAGAAUGCAAGCACGAAGACACCAUGUGCAACGUGCCAUAUCGAAGUGCUGUCGGAGGCAUCAUGUAUCUCAUGGUCGCCACACGUCCGGAUCUAGCUGCUGCAGUGGGAUCAUUAUCCCAGUUCUCGUCCGACCCAUGCCCGACUCACUGGCAAGCUUUGAAGCGUGUGCUGAGAUACCUGCAAGCAACGCCCAAUCAUGGUCUUGAGUUUACACGUGAAGAAGGAAGCCGUAUCUGCGGGUACACCGACGCAGACUGGGCCGGCGACAUUGAGUCAAGACGAAGUACAAGCGGCUAUGUGUUCAUGAUGAGCGGAGGAUGCAUCAGCUGGAAAAGCCAGAAACAACGGACGGUCGCGCUAUCUUCAACAGAAGCAGAAUACAUGGCGCUUUCCGAAGCAACCAAAGAAGCAGUAUGGCUCAAAGUGCUUUUGGGGGAACUUGGUGAGAUGACAAGCGACGAAGCGAUCAAGAUGUAUGAAGACAACCAAGGAUCAAUCGCUCUCGCCAAGAACCCGGAGUUCCAUAAGAGAACAAAACACAUCGACAUACGCUACCAUUUUGUGCGUGAGAAGGUGGAAUCAGGUGAAGUCGUUUUGGAGUAUUGCCCGACUCAAGAUAUGCUGGCAGACAUGAUGACCAAGCCGAUCGCCGCUGUACAAUUUGAAAACAUUCGCGAUCGACUUGGGAUCCAAGGUGCCGCAGCUAACGAGUCGAGAGGGAGUGUUGAAAAGACAGCGGCUGUGAAGAAGACACCUCGUCAAGCUGCGUCAAGUGUUGAAGCAAGUGGAAGACCAAGCUUCGCUAUACCGGUGGGUACCGGUAUGUACCAGUAA